AUGUUAAAAGAAUCUGAAACUAAGAAACGAAAACUGUCAGAUGAAACUAAAGAAGAAACAAGGGUUUUCUCGAAGCGGCACGGGCUUGAACUGAAAUUAAAAUUAAAACCAGAAAAAUGUAUUGGUCUUUGUCGUCGAUUAAAAUUAAGUAAGGAACAAAAAUAUCUUUACAGACAGAAUCCACACUUACGACAAGUUUUUCUGGAAGAGAAGAAGAAAUUGGUUUUCUAUUGCGGUGGCGAUAAAACGUUUAGUACUACUGAAAAUCGUCUCCUUCUUCCAACAUCCGGACGUACACCAUAUAAUUCAUCCAAAACUAGUUUUCAAACUGUUAAACAUUAUGGACAACGAAAAUUGCUUAUGUCUGAAAUUGAAUUUUUGACAAAUGUUAUUGCUACGGCCGCUCAUUCAGCAGACUCUCAGAAUCUGUUAGUCAUUUAUGCUGGUGCUGCUCCUGGUUCACAUACGAAUUAUUUAAGUUUAAUGUUUCCCCAGUUGAGAUUUAUUCUUUUUGAUCAUUCAGAGUUCCUUGCGGAAGAAUCCGACCACAUUAAAAUUCGUCGUGAAAUGUUUACUAAUGAACUGGCAGAAGAGUAUUCAACAAUGAAAGGGAAUUUAUUGUUUAUUUGUGAUAUCCGUACGUUUUCUUCAUAUGCUGAGUUGGAGGAUGAUGUGAAGAAAGAUAUGACUAGUCAAAUGCAAUGGAUAAAGAUAAUCAAACCACGUGCUAGUUUGAUAAAAUUUCGAUUGCCAUAUACGGCAGGUCAACUCUAUUUUCAAGCUCGAAGUACUGAGUGUCGUCUUCUGGUUACCCAAGAUGACAUUAGCAAGCCAUUAAUUGAAUAUGAUAACACAGAUUAUGACUCAGCCAUGUUUUAUUUUUCGACGUGUACACGAACAAUGUAUUAUGAACAUGAUUAUAACAAAGGAGAGCAUAUUGGUUUGGAUCAUUGUUAUGAUUGUCGAACGGAGUUAUUUAUUUUAGAACAAUAUGUAAGGAAAAUUAAGCAGGUAAAAGAAGAAGAUGAAGUAAAGAAACAAGUGUUGAAAUUAUCAUCAGAUAUAUGGGACAAAAUUACGUCGAACAAGCAAGUACCAAGUAGAAAACGUUAA